AUGGCUGUGCAUCAGCCAGGACACCGGCGCAAGAGACUGCGAGCCAGUGACGCUGCCGAGAAAGCCUCGCAAUCUGGCGACGACCAGCCCAAGCGUCGCCGUGUUUCCAAUUCACAUGCUAUAUCUAAGGCUGUGGCCGCAAAUACGUCGGAAGACCCUACAGAAAGCGCAAAACAUACGAUUCCGGCCUUGCGGGAAGAGGAAACCAGAAAUCAAGGGUCAUGGUCGCUAUCCCCCCUCGCAGGAGGUCGCUACAGCAGUUUGGACCCAUUGAUGACUCUAGAUGAGGCGUAUCUAUUCAUAGGGCUUGAGACCGCGGUUCAAGUCCUCGCCACUUCAACGAAUCGUGUCUUGCGAAGUUUGCAGGUGAGAGGCGGACAAAAAGUCGUCGGGUUCAGACUCUGCCCAGUCCAUGAAGAGGUGAUUUAUAUAUUUACCCCUUCCUCUGUGAGCAAGUGGAACUGGAACUCCGGGCAGCAACUUGAUGGCUGGAAGACAAAUGAUGCAACGAUUGCUGUGGAUGUGCCUUGGGUUGAGGAAGAGAACGAAGUAUUUUCAUACAACCUUAAAUCCAAAGGUGGAAAAAGACAAAUAGUUGUCUGUUCCAUUGACAAGAAGAGUUCCACCGGGGUUGUCGUUCUAGAAACGAAGGAGCUUAUCAAUAAGAUUCAGGUGGUAAACAGUGGGAAGGUAAUCAUUGCUUCCGAUGGACAUCGCCUCUUUCUGGGGAGUACGCCUACCAUUGACUCAGAAAAUCUUCAAUCUCUGUCAUACAACUGGAGAGAGGCAUCCCUCCCUUCUUUUUCGACAUGCUUCCAUGUUCGGGUGGCAACUACCCAAUCGAAGUCUGGGAGAACUUCAGAUCCGAUCAACUUAGUGCUAGGAGAGGCUAAUGGAUCUCUCUUGAUUUUCCAAGAUAUUUUGAAUACUCUUUUUGGCCGCAACGGAGACAAGAAAGCAGCGCCCCGCAAGUUACAUUGGCAUCGAGGCCCUGUCAGCGCGGUGCGAUGGUCGACAGAUGGUAACUACGUUGUAUCUGGCGGAAACGAACCAGUCCUUGUCAUAUGGCAACUGGAUACCGGUAGGAAGCAUACUGUGCCGCACUUAUCCUCACCCAUCUCCAAUAUUGUGGUCUCCCCCAGGGGCACCUCGUAUGUCGUACAGUUGGCCGAUAAUUCGACUGGUAUCUUUUCUACCCGAGAAAUUGGGUCUUCCGUCAAUAUUGUCGGUUUGCAAGUCAGCGCAGACGGCUCCAAAGAUCUCGCUGGAAAAAGGUCGACUGGUGCAGUUGCGGUUCUGCAUCCGCAACACCCAGAGCAGUUGCUCGUUGUUGUCCCGUCUUCUCACCAUUUGAAUCAGCAGAGCACUGGGUGCUCAAACUCCGCGGUGUUACAGACCUAUGAUAUUCGAGCAAACUAUCAUAUUGCACGUCAAGCUCUGGCGCGAACAAACACAACAACUCUGAAUAUAGGCCCUGAAGGGUCUCCAAUAGUGACCCCGGAUGUCCAGAAUAUGGGUAUCCUGCAUGAUGGGAACUGGCUGGCCACUGUGGACUCCUGGAGCCCCCGCCCUCAUGAUGUGGAAGCCUUUGUCGAUAAGUCUUCUAGUCGAUCUGCAACGACUCUUCCGCUAGAGACAUAUCUUAAAUUCUGGAAAUGGAAUCCCUCUGCCAGCCAUUGGCAGCUCGUGACUCGGAUUGAUGGGCCUCAUUUCAAGCAUGAUCGUCAUUCCCCGGUGCUUGCCCUUCUGGCUCGACCAUGCUGUCAAGAGUUUGUGACUAUCGGAGCGGAUGCAUCGUUGCGCUUCUGGUGCCCCGCCGCCUCUCAUCGGGCAAGCCUCGAGAAAAAAUCCUCGGAGUUCCGUCAUAAUACGUGGAAGCAAAGGAACUCGAUUGACCUCACCGCAUACCUACGCAAUGCUAGUACUUCGUUGAAGGAAGCUUGCAUAAGCUUCUCCGAGGAUGGAUCAGUCUUAGCUGUUUGCCUACCUUCGGAAUCUACGGUAAACGCAGGGCUUAUCCUGCUUAUUGAUGCGCGUGCCUGCACGGUUCACUAUCAGCGAGCGGGGGUGUUUUCUGGAACACCGUGUUCAGUUAACUUCCUUGGCAGACACCUCAUUGUCUCUUCCACGAAGUCAGUUGUUGUUUGGGAUACGAUACCCCCCUUGGUUGCAGCCAAUCCUCGCAACCAAACUUUUGCGAUUACGAGUACGAUUGUUGAUGACACAAACAUCGCACAUCCCAUGAAGCGAGGAGCAAAGUGUCGUGUUCAGGUCUAUAGUAUCGCAUCAUUGAGUCUUGUGUUCCAAGACGCUCUCGGAAACACUCCAUUGGCGUUGUUACCGGAUAUCUACUCGGGCGAUUACAUUAUCCUCGGUUCAGCUGCCACUGUGCAACGUGUCACUUGUUCAGACAAAGCAUCACGCCAAAGCAUGCAGCCCCUUGAUGUAGCAAGUCAGUUGGACACUGGGCUAUCAAGUAUCUUCAGUCAGGGCCACGAGCGGGCUUCUACCCGGGCCAUUGAGGAUGAUAGGCCCAGUUCACACACCAAGGCGCUAUCUCAUGUGUUUGAUGCCCCCUCCUUCUCAUUGCCUCCUGUUGGGGCAUUGUUCAGAAGUGUUGUCGAAAGUCUACAGAGUAAUUAA